CGGCGAGUGCUCCCCAUUCCCCAUCCACUUCUGUUUCGGUUCUCUGAGCGUGGAAUUGUCGCACUGAAACCGUCGAGACUAAUCCGAUUGAUCAAGCGCCAUGGCGGACGAGGACGAACAACAGGACGGUUAUCGCUGGGAAUCGGAAUACGAGCGUACCUGGGAAGCUAUCCGGGAGGAUGAGAGCGGGAACCUUCAAGCGAGUGUUCAGGAAAUCGUUCACAAAACACGCAGGCAACAGUUAUUAUUGCAGAAAAAUGUCCGCCUUGGUAUGAUGCGACAUCUCUAUGUGGUGCUCGACCUCUCCGCUUCGAUGAACAGCAACGAUCUGCGACCCUCUCGUAUUCAAUGCGUCCUGCACUUAUUAGACGACUUCGUGGACCGUUUCUACGACGAGAAUCCUAUUUCUCAAUUGGCAAUCAUUGCAACUUGUAAUAAACGAGCCGAGAAGAUAUCCGAUCUGAGCGGAAACCCUUUGAAGCACAAAGAAGGCUUGGCGAAAAUCAAGGACCGGCUGCCGACUGGGGAACCUAGCCUCCAAAACAGCAUAAAUAUGGCCGCCGCUGUUCUUCAACACAUGCCGGCGCACAGCAGCCGGGAGGUGGUCAUCAUCUUGGGAAGUUUGACCACCUGUGAUCCAACGGACAUCAACGAAACGAUUGAAGAGGCGAAAAAACUCGGCUUGCGGUGUUCGGUUAUCGGGCUCGCCGCCGAAGUUUACGUGUGCCGCCGACUAACGGAAAUCACUGGAGGAAGCUACCACAUCGUCGUAGACGAGGACCAUCUUCGAGAAUUGUUGGCGAAUCAUCUUCUGCCCCCGCCAGCCUUGAACAAUAUAGAAUGCUCUAUGGUCAAAAUGGGAUUCCCGUUCCACAAAAACGAGCAGGAAGACACACCGGCUCUGUGUCAGUGCCAUCUGGAAGCAGCCGCAACAGAAAGUGUGCACAUCACGACUGGAGGCUUCCUUUGUCCUCAGUGCAAAUCUAAGUACUGCGAACUACCCGCUGAGUGUAGAAUCUGUGGUCUAACUCUGGUUUCGGCCCCGCAUCUGGCCCGCAGUUAUCAUCAUCUCUUUCCACUGGACAACUUCAAAGAGACGCAUCUCCUCAAAGGCGACACCCGGACUUGUUUCUCCUGCCAGAGCUCCGUUGAGGGUCAGAACAUGUACACUUGUGAGAAAUGCAAGGAAGAAUUCUGUUUAGACUGCGAUAUAUUCAUCCACGCAACCCUCCAUCUCUGCCCGGGCUGCGCAUGUAAACCCCAAAUGAACUGA